UUAGCAAAGCAGCCACUCAAAAAGUAGUCCCAGGGUCAAAAGGAAUUCAGGGCCAGCGAGUGGCUAUCUAGCUAGUACAGCUCAGCUAAGCUCUCGGGUCGCACCAGCAAUGGCGGCAGUCGAGUUGGUGAGGCGGGUGGGGGUGGCGAUGGUGGUGGUGGUGGUGGUGGUUGCCGUGGCGGUGGCGCCCGGCGCGGUGGUGGCGCAGCUGUCCGCGACGUACUACGACAGCAGCUGCCCGAGCCUGCAGUCCAUCGUGCGGUCGGGGAUGGCCGCCGCCGUCCAGAGCGAGCCGCGGAUGGGCGCCUCCAUCCUCCGCCUCUUCUUCCACGACUGCUUCGUCAAUGGGUGCGACGCGUCGGUGCUGCUCGACGACUCGUCGACGAUCACCGGGGAGAAGAACGCCGGGCCGAACGCCAACUCGCUCCGCGGCUUCGAGGUCAUCGACUCCAUCAAGUCGCAGGUCGAGGCCGCCUGCCCCGGCACCGUCUCCUGCGCCGACAUCCUCGCCGUCGCCGCCCGCGACGGCGUCAACCUGCUGGGCGGGCCGACGUGGGCGGUGCCGCUGGGGCGGCGCGACACGAGGACGGCGAGCCAGGCGGCGGCGAACAGCAACCUGCCGUCGCCGUCGUCGAGCGCGGCGGCGCUGGUAUCGGCGUUCGCGACCAAGGGGCUGGACUCCCGCGACAUGGUGGCGCUGUCGGGGGCGCACACCAUCGGCGCCGCCCGGUGCGCCACCUUCCGGUCCCGCGUCUACAACGACACCAACAUCAGCUCCGGGUUCGCCGUCCGGCGGCGGCAGGUGUGCCCCGCGCAGGGCGGCGACGGCAACCUCGCGCCGCUCGACGCCCUCAGCUCCGUCCGCUUCGACAACGGCUACUUCCGCAACCUCAUGGGCCGCUUCGGUCUCCUCCACUCCGACCAGGAGCUCUUCAACGGCGGGCCCGUCGACUCCAUCGCGCAGCAGUACGCCGCCAACGGCGCCGCCUUCUCCCGCGACUUCGUCACCGCCGUCGUCAAGAUGGGCAACCUCAGCCCGCUCACCGGAUCCAACGCCAUGGCCGUCGGCGUCGGCGUCGGCGUCCCCGGGGCGGCGAGGUCGAGGCGGCGGCUCUUGACUGCGGUGGCGGUGCUGCUGCUGCUGCUGGCGGCGAACGCGCGCGCGCAGCUCACGCCGGGGUACUACUCGGCGAGCUGCCCCACCGUGCACGGCGUGGUGCGGCAGGUGGUGUCGCAGGCCGUCAUGAACGACACGAGCGCCGGCCCCGCCGUGCUCCGCCUCUUCUACCACGACUGCUUCGUCGGCGGCUGCGACGCGUCGGUGCUCCUCGACGACACGCCCACGGCGCCCGGCGAGAAGGGCGUCGGCCCCAACGCCGUUGGCUCCCCCGCCGUCUUCGGCCUCCUCGACACCAUCAAGGCCCAGGUCGAGGCCGCCUGCCCCGCCACCGUCUCCUGCGCCGACAUCCUCGCCAUCGCCGCCCGCGACAGCGUCAACCUGCUCGGCGGGCCGAGCUGGGCGGUGCCGCUCGGCCGCCGCGACGCGCUGGCGCCGAACAGGGCCGCCGUGUCGACCGACCUCCCGGGCCCGGAGGCCGACAUCUCCGCGCUCGUGGCCGCCUUCGCCGCCAAGGGCCUGAGCCCGCGGGACCUCGCCGCGCUCUCCGGCGCGCACACCAUCGGCCGCGCGACCUGCGGCAGCUUCCGCACGCGCGUCUACUGCGACGCCAACGUGAGCCCGGCGUUCGCGUCGCACCAGCGGCAGUCCUGCCCGGCGUCCGGCGGCGACGGCGCGCUCUCGCCGCUGGACUCCCUCACCCCCGACCAGUUCGACAACGGCUACUACCGCAACCUGGUGGCCGGCGCCGGGCUACUCCACUCCGACCAGGAGCUGUUCAACAACGGGCCGGUCGACUCCGUGGUGCAGCUGUACAGCUCCAACGCCGCCGCCUUCUCGUCGGACUUCGCCGCCUCCAUGAUCAAGCUCGGGAGCAUCACCCCGUUGACCGGGUCAAGCGGCGAGGUCAGGCUCAACUGCAGGAAAGUGAAUUCCUGAUAGAUACAUAUAGAUAUCACCCUUAUUAAUUAAUUGUCCAUAGCACAAGGUUUAAAGUUAAUCACCUGUCAAUUUCAUGUUUCAAGUGAAAGUAUGACAUGAGAAUGCAAUAGAAAUGUCUCAGUGGAUAAUUCCUGCUCUUCAGCUCCUCAAACUUAAUUAUGACCCCCUCAAUUUGUACAACUUGUAAUGAUUUUGCUAUGAACAACCCAUUAUUUUCAUCGAAACUUUAUUCAUUAUUAUCUAGAUUUAUCUAUCGAUCAAUGUUAAACUGAUUGAUGCUAGCGUCCCGUGAGUGAUCUUUGCUUGCAGCUCGUGAUGGAAUAUAUAUGUUGCUCUGUGUCGUUUUGGGAGGCGGAUGGUAGGCAUCGAUGGAUGGGUUAGUGAGAGAGACGAAAAUCCGGCGAAAUGCACACGUCGAUUCCGUCCGGAGUGAUGUGGUUUUGUGGAUGGGUGCUGAAAGCGUCCGGAAAGGGACCCGUCACCCAACCAAACGCGCCGGGGUUGUCCCGGUAGGGCUUGCUUGGAGAAAGAAAGUGUGCGCCGACCAUGCCUCCUGUUCUUUUUUUUUUUUUGGCUUUACAAAAAGGAACAGUGGAAGGGCAUUCUCUGUUCUGUAUUACUGUAUACCCGUGGUCAAUCGUCACAGUUUAAUUGCUCGUUCGUUUUGGAGGAAAAAUCCAAGGAGUUGAACA